CAGAAAAGACUCAUUCUACUUACUCUGAGCCUGCACCUAUAUUCUUUCAGCUUCCUUCCUUUCACACUGCCUGCAGCCCUUUGUGUCAUGUGAUAUGCACUGCAAGGAACGAAACGCGUCUAUCAGCCAAUGGAAAGAGGACGUGAUGCAACCACAGAAAUUCUAUAAUCAAUUAGAUAAUCAAGCAGGGAUUACACUAAAUAUUGUCCUGCGCAUAGCAUUAACCCCAAGUCAAAUGACUCAAAUCUAUGUCUCUGCAGAGGAAGACAGCAAUUGGGCUUGAAGUGGCCUUACUGAGAACCCGGAUUUGUUCCACGACUCCGCGAUCUUAUCGAUCUUGUCAGACCUACCAUCAGUCCUCUAUUCCAGGCAAAUCAUCACCAUUCUCAAGUCCCAAACUUCGAGCUUCUCAGCAACACAUCUCUCUCAGCAGCAAAAGCCUCAGGCUUUCCAGAGGGACCAUGUCAGCAUCAGCAGCAAACCUCACUGUCAAAGAGCAAGCGGCGCUAGUGGAGAAAUCCAAACGUGCAGCCGCCUUUCAGGCGGUAGAGGAUUAUCUGCAGCCUUUGUACCGUCAUGUCGGCAUUGGUUCCGGCAGCACUGUCGUCUAUGUGGUCGAAGCCAUUGCGGCCAUUGGCACUGAGGUCACCUCAAAGAUGUGCUUUUACCCCACUGGCGAGCAGUCGCGGCAACUGAUUCUCAAAGCCGGCCUUCGCCUCGCCUACAUACAAGACCUUCCCGCUGGCGAGGUGCUAGAUGUGGCAUUUGACGGAGCUGAUGAGGUUGAUGAGGAGUUGAACCUUAUCAAGGGCGGAGGCGCUUGUCUGACGCAGGAGAAGAUCGUUGCUGCCAGUGCGAGGAAGUUUGUUUGCGUGGCUGACUUCCGGAAGAUAUCACCGCGGCUAGGCACCGUCUGGACACAGGGAGUGCCAAUCGAAGUCCUACCAAUGGCUGCAGGGAGGGUUCUAGCAGAGCUCACCUUGAUGGGCUCGAUCAACCCCCGCAUCCGCCCAGGAUUACCGGGAAAGGCUGGGCCUGUUGUGACCGACAACGGGAUGCUGAUCAUUGAUGCCCCAUUCACGCCCCUUUUACUGGCCAAGGACAUGAGCGAUGGAAAGGAGGGGACCUGGACGGUAGAUUCGUUGGCGCAACGGUUGAUCAGUAUUGUCGGCGUUGUUGAGAUCGGGUUGUUCCAUGGCAAGAAUGGGGACGAGAUUGUUAAUGGUGCUGGGGCUCAGAAGCCAGUAGCGGCAUACUUUGGUCUGCAAGACGGUAAUGUCGAGGUGCGGAAGGCAAAGGGCAGUUCUCAAUAGGUUUUAGACGGAUGCACACGAAUAGACUGCAAUUGAAGGCAACUGAACUCUCAAUGUUGGGUAUUCUGGGUGGCCCUGAGUCUCUAUCUCGCCAUAUAGCUACGUAAAUGCAGUACCUACGCAUAUGACCUGG